UAUAUAUUCAUUUCUAAUCACUAAAUUGUUCAAACAAAUUUACAGUAUUCUGUUGUACGUCUUUAUAUAGAUUCUAUUCUUGAUAUCUUUAUCUAAUCUUAAACAGAAGUCUACUACAGUUGAAUUGAAAGAAAUAUGGCUGGAAAUUUAGGAUUUAAUGUUGGAUCAUGUGGUUCACAUUUACAUCCAACUGUAAUGCCUGCAUCAAAUUUCAAUGCAGAAAGUGAUUGUGAACGAUUAAGAAAUGCUAUGGCAGGAUUAGGGACAAAAGAAAAAGAAUUAAUUGAUGUAUUGGGUCAUCGUUCUGCAGAUCAACGUGCACUUAUUGUAAAAAAAUAUAAAUCAAUGUUUGGAAAAGAUUUAAUUGAACAUUUAAAAUCUGAACUUAGCGGACACUUUUACGAUACUAUGGAAGCAUUGUGCUUAAGUUCAUCAGAAUUCGAUGCCCGUGAAUUAUACAGAGCUAUGAAAGGAGCUGGUACCAAUGAAUCUGUAUUGAUUGAGAUUCUAUGUACUCGAACAAAUUAUCAAUUGAAGAAGAUAAAAGAAGCUUAUAAACUAUUUACUGGAAAUAAUCUUGAAAAUGAUGUAAGUGGUGAUACAUCUGGAGAUUUCAAACAUUUAUGUAUUGCAUUAUUACAAGCAAACAGAGAUGAAUCUACACAUGUUGAUCAACAACUUGCACGUAAAGAUGCUGAAGCCCUGUAUCAAGCAGGUGAGAAAAAAUGGGGAACUGAUGAAUCAAAAUUUAUUCAAGUUUUCGCUACGCGAUCUCCUGAACAUUUAAAAGCCGUAUGUAAAGAAUACAGUAAUGUUAGUAAGAAAACUUUGGAAGAAGCUUUGAAAUCUGAAAUGUCAGGAAGUUUACUACAGUGUUUUUUGACCAUUGUUCAGUGUGCAAACAACAAAGCAUUAUAUUUUGCUGAGAAAUUAAAAAAAUCUAUGAAAGGCGCUGGAACUAAUGACAGAGAUUUAAUUCGUAUUGUUGUGUCACGUUGUGAAAUUGAUUUGCAUUUGAUUAAGAGAGAAUUUUACGAUCUAGCUGGUAAUUCCUUAGAAUCUUGGAUUGAAGGUGAUACCAGCGGAGAUUAUCGUCAAUUAUUAUUAGCACUUGUUCGUACAAAUCUAUAAAUAACAAAUAUUGAUCAGAAUGAAAGUAUUUUAAUGUUCACAUUAUUUCAUAAUAUACAAGACGAUUUUGAGUUAUGAAAUGUUCUUAAGUUCUAUUUAAUCAAUUUGUUCCUUUUUUUUAUAUUUUAUUUUCAAUAUUGAAUAUUUUAAUUUGUAAAAACUUUUAAUUACUAUGCAUGUCUAAUUUUCUGAAGGGGGGUUCUUUUUCGCUUACGUCACCUUUUUUUUCUGCCUCUCUUGUUACUAUUUAUUGUUAUUAUCUUUAUUAUUAUCACUAUCACACGAUAAACUUCAUAUGAACUUCACUUCCUCGGACAUUUUGAUAAAAAAUUCCAUAGAACAUAUACAAUUAACACGUACACGUAAAUAAUGAAUAAUUUUUUUGUCCGUCUAUUUCACUCUUAUUUCAUUGAUCUUCAUUUGUUAUUGUUGUGUUUGUUCAUUUAUGAAAAUUGAUCAAUAAAUCACUGCCAUUCAACUUAUACAUAUAUCCAUA